AUGGCGUCCGUCACCGCCCGCGCCCCGGUCGCGGUCCUGCGCCCGUCGGCGUCGCUCAAGUCGUCGUCGUCGGCCUUCCUUGGCCACUCUAGCCGCCUCGGCCGCACCGCGUCGCCGACGAGGCGCAGCCUCAAGGCGGAGGCCAAGGGCGAGUGGCUCCCCGGCCUUCCCUCCCCAGCCUACCUCGACGGCAGCCUGCCGGGUGACAAUGGGUUCGACCCGUUGGGCCUGGCGGAGGACCCCGAGAACCUGCGGUGGUUCGUGCAGGCGGAGCUGGUGAACGGGCGGUGGGCGAUGCUCGGCGUGGCCGGGAUGCUCAUCCCGGAGGUGCUGACCAAGGCCGGCCUCAUCAACGCGCCGCAGUGGUACGACGCCGGCAAGUCGGAGUACUUCGCGUCGUCGUCGACGCUGUUCGUGAUCGAGUUCAUCCUCUUCCACUACGUGGAGAUCCGGCGGUGGCAGGACAUCAAGAACCCCGGCAGCGUCAACCAGGACCCCAUCUUCAAGAGCUACAGCCUGCCGCCGCACGAGUGCGGCUACCCCGGCAGCGUCUUCAACCCGCUCAACUUCGCGCCCACGCUCGAGGCCAAGGAGAAGGAGCUCGCCAACGGGAGGCUGGCCAUGCUGGCGUUCCUGGCCUUCCUGAUCCAGCACAACGUCACCGGCAAGGGGCCCUUCGACAACCUGCUGCAGCACCUGUCUGACCCAUGGCACAACACCAUCAUCCAGACCCUCUCCGGUUGA